UAUGCAGAAGGAUGUUGAAAAAUCAUAAAGACACAAUAAAAACUCUGUUGCACUUAUUUUCUUCUUCUCUAUAUAUAUAGACGCUAAAGAUCCGAACUAAUAACACUUCAAACUUCAAAGGCACACUAAAAUGGACAUCAUUUGGAACGUUUCAAUAUGUGUUACAGCUUUAGUUGUUGUAGUGAUCAGCAGAUGGCUGUACCGAUGGUCGAACCCCAAGUGCAAUGGCAAGUUACCUCCGGGAUCCAUGGGUUUCCCGAUCAUCGGAGAGACACUAGACUUCUUUAAAUCCUAUGGAUUCAACGAGGCCUCACCCUUUAUAACCAAGAGGAUGUCCAGGUACGGGACAAUAUUUCGGACCAAUGUUUUUGGAUCCAACACCGUGGUAGUGACAGAUCCUGAUGUAAUGGUUGAGGUUUUUCGGCAAGAGAACACGGCUUUCAUAUUUAGCCUUCCGGGUGCGUUUGGCAAAGUCUUAGGAAAAGAUGAAGCAAUUAUCAAUCAUGGGAAGACCCACAAGCAUUUCAAACAAAUCACUCUGAACUUUUUUGGCCCUGACGGUUUGAAGAAGAAGUUGCUAGGAAACAUCGACCGAGGAACCUGCGAGGGUCUUAGAUCAAAGGCUAGCGUGGGGAGCUUCGAUAUUAAGGAGGCAGCUGGAAACUUGAUAAUAAAGCACUUGAUUCCAAAGUUGAUAAGUACCCUCGGAGCAGAGGCUGCAGAAAAUCUGAAGAACAUCUUCAUGGCCUUCAAUCUUGAUUGGUAUCAGUCAUUCUUUAGUCUUUCUUCCUGGAAAUCGUUGUACAGAUCCUGUAUGGCAAGCAGAGACGCAAUGAAGGUGAUAAAAAGUGUUCUCUCAUCAAGGAAAGAAACGGGAGAGAAGCAUGACGAUAUCCUCAAUACGAUAAUAGAAGAUGUCGUUUUAGAUGACAAAUACGUUAUUUUCCAAACCUAUGCUAUUCCGAUCGCCGCUAAAGAUACUACUUCUGUGGUCAUGUCCAUGGCAGUAAAGUACAUUACAAAAAACCCUAAAGUUCUCUUAGAGUUGAAGAGAGAGCAUAAUGCUAUCCUUCAAAACAGAGUUGAUAAGAAAUCUGAAGUGAGCUGGGAAGAGUACAAAAACGACAUGACAUUCACCAACAUGGUGAUUAAUGAGUCUCUUAGACUGGUAAAUCUGGCUCCUGUAAUGUUUAGGAAGACUUUAAGAGAUGUUGAAAUCCAAGGAUAUACGAUUCCAAAGGGUUGGAUGGUGUUUGUUGCAACUUCACUAAGGCAUUAUGAUCCUGCGGUAUAUGAGAACCCUUACGAGUUUAAUCCUUGGAGAUGGGAGGGCAAACAGCUGGUCAAUUUUUCUAAGUCGUUCAUGGUAUUUGGAGGUGGAAUGAGAUUGUGUCCUGGUGCAGAAUUUGCAAGGCUUCAGAUUGCAAUGUUUCUUCACCAUCUUGUCAUCAACUACGAUUUCUCGAUGGCACAUGACAGCGAGGCCACUCGUACACCACUAGUUUCUUUCCCCAAUGGCAUUCAUAUGAACAUCUCUCCCAUCAAUUGAUUUGGAGAUAAUGAUACCAUAAGUUUCAUAUUCGAAUUGAGGAUAACUCUAUGAUCUAUCUCGAUUCGAAGUUUGUCAAGAUUUGUUUAAAAUUAAAUAAAUGUUCGCACUUGGUAUUGAAAAUCAGCAAAAGCUAGAGAAUUGAACUAUUUGCGGUAUAAUAUUGCACUAUGGUAACAAAAUUUUAGAAGGAUAACAUUUGGUGUCAUCUCCAGUGGCGUUACUAACAGGAUUGCUCAAUGUUUUUAUGGGUUAAAAAUAAAUCAAAAACUUAGAAUUAAUCUCACUGUUCAAAGAAAUGUUGCUGAAGGAAGAAGCGGAAGCAACGCUACGUGUCAAAUUAUUGUUGAGUAAAUAGAAAAAAGACCAAAAAAAAAAAAGUUUCCAUUUCGAUUCACCUCAAAUCCAAUUUGGGACACAUGAUUUUUAAGAUAAGAACGAUCAGGACCAAAAUCAAUUUGGAAACAGAGAGAAUGGAAAACGUCGCUUCCACUUCCGAUCAUCGACCUCUCUUCGCCGGAAAAUCUCCACCGCACAAUUGAUCCGUCAGUCAUAUGAUUUCCAGUACCCGAAGAAGACAUAGGUGCACGACAAAUCAACUUCUUCUUCUUCUUCUUCUUCGCUGCGGCUUCUCUCUGUGCCAAGGUCCGUUGCCGUUGUGUCCGACUAAAAUGCCAAUUUACAGCAUCAGAGGGAUAUGGAGGAGGAGGAGGUUUUCCUACCAUUUUUUUAUGCAUCUCGUACUCAUAGUCAGCUCCGCCAAGUGAUCAAAGAAUGAAAAAGAAGUAGCUACAGGUCAGACCUCAUUCUGUUUGUAGCUUCCUUAUCAUACAACUACUGACCAAGGUUAUGGUUUAAAAUGCAGGUUCUGGUUUUAAAGUUUCAUGUUUUGGUAGUAGAUGAGCUCCGAACCAACUUCAACACUGGCAGAACAAAGAGAGCUACGAAUGGAGAAUUUCUCAGCUUCAAAAUAUUUCCAAGAUGCUUGGCGAUAAGGAGAAAUGCAUCACAGAAGCUUUGUAUCAAGAUCAUUCCAAGCCUGAGUUUGAAGCUUUUCUAGCUUAGCUUUUUUCAUUUCCUUUCAAUGUCCCUUUCCUUGUCUACAUUCUAGUUUUCCAUUGUUGAAUCACUUUCCAGAGUGUGUGUCAAGUUUAAAUUCAAAACACUUGUACACAAAAUUAAUUCUUAAGCACCCAAAAUUAGGAUUUACCGUU